UUGCAUUCACAGCAGCAAACCAGUCAAACAUCCAAACAAACCAAAAUGUUCAAAUAUUUCGCCUUCUUCGCACUUCUCGCUGUCGCUGCUGCCAAGCCCGGUCUGCUUGCUGAAACACAUACCGUCGUCCAGCCGGCAGUGGUUGCCAAAACUGCUUAUGUCGAUACCAGUGCCUCCUCGGCUAUCACUCACCAGAGUCAUGUGAACUUGGUCAGGAAGGUGCCAGUGGUUCCAGUCGUCCAUGCUGCUCCCGUCGUACACGCUGCCCCUAUUGUGAAGACUAUUUCCACCCCAGUUGUGCACUCCGCGCCAAUUGUACAUGCCGCUCCAGUGGUUCACUCUGCACCCUUGGUUCAUGCUGCUCCAGUUUUGCAUGCCGCUCCAGUAGUACACUCCGCACCUCUUUUGCCUGUAGUGCACUCAGCUCCUCUGGUAAAAACAGUUGUGUCAGCUCCAGUGGCUUACAGCAUCCACCACUAA